AUGGCGCCCAAGAAAAAAGUUUCGAAGCCCAGAGCCCCCGUUCAAAUUGUCCCAGAGAAACGAGGCUACGAUGUAUCGUGGAAUUGGCUAACCCGUAUAACCUACAGUCUGGGAGCUUUCGGGAUUGUCUUUGGUCUCCCAAUUCUCGUCUACAGCUUUACUUUCUUGUGCAAUGAUGUCUCCGGCUGCCCUGCACCGUCGCUACUCCACCCGUCCUCACUGUCCAUCAAUCAAUUGAAAGUGGAAGUUGGUUGGCCUGCAGAAGGGGUUCGCGCAUUCUACGACACCAAUGUGACCCUCUCGUUUCUUUCGGCCGUCUUAAUCCUCGCCGGCUGCGCCAUUGGAACCUAUAUGUACGGCGCUGACUUUGUCGUAUGGACUUUUCUCUGGGACAACUACCUGCAGGUAAUUACCGCCAACCUGAUUAUCGCCUCCUUGAUCGCCAUUUUCGUAUAUGCGAAAAGCUUUUCCGUUCCUGCGCCUGGACAGCCCAACCCAGAAUUAAGGCAGUUGGCGCCUGGUGGCCACACGGGUAAUGUUCUCUAUGACUUCUUCAUCGGUCGCGAGCUGAACCCCCGCGUGCGAUUGCCUAUUCCAUUCGUCAGCGAGUCUGCUCGGACUAUUGACAUCAAGUCGUGGUGUGAGAUGAGACCUGGACUUCUAGGCUGGAUCAUCCUUAACCUGUCAAAUAUUGCUCGUCAAUACCGGACGUACGGAUACGUGACCGAUUCGAUCGUGAUUUCCACUGUCUUCCAGGCGUUUUACGUCUUGGACGGACUGUACAUGGAGCCCGCUCUCCUGACUACCAUGGACAUCAUCAUGGAUGGAUUCGGCUUCAUGCUGUCCUUCGGUGACCUCGUUUGGGUUCCGUUCAUCUACAACUUCCAGACCCGCUAUCUUGCAGUGUUCCCCUUUGAGCUGGGGCCGAAAGGUAUCCUCCUUGUUCUGGCUGUGACAGCUGUCGGCUAUAGUAUCUUCCGCGGAGCCAAUAACCAGAAGAACCGUUUCCGCACAAACCCGGACGAUCCUCGUGUCAAGCACAUCAAGUUCAUCCAAACUGCCAGUGGAUCCAAGUUGAUGACUUCCGGGUGGUGGGGCUAUGCGCGCCAUAUCAACUACCUGGGUGAUUGGGUCAUGUCGUGGUCCUACAGCCUGCCGACGGGCAUCGCCGGAUAUGCUAUCAUCGAGAGUAUCAACCCUGCUACAGGUGAGCUCCAGAAACAGGCGGUGCAGACGGCUGAGACUCGGGGGUGGGGAAUGAUCUUCACUUAUUUCUUCUUGCUGUAUUUCGGAGUUCUUCUCAUCCACCGCGAGCAGCGCGACGAGGAGAAGUGUAAGAAGAAGUAUGGCGCUGAUUGGGAUCGCUAUACUUCUUUAGUCCGGAGUCGCAUUAUCCCGGGGAUCUACUAA